UCUAAAUCUUGCAAAGAAGAAAAGGGUUCUAAUCAAAAGGGAGCAAAAAUUGCGAAUAAUAAAGAAAAUGGCACAUUUAGAGCAGAGGGGAGCAGUCAUUCAUCCUCUGCUAAAUUGUCCCCCAGGAAAAAAAAGGAGUCACAUGGCACUUUAUCGUCAAUCAAUGGCAUGCCUGAUCACAUCUCCCUCUUCGAAACCACCGAUCUCCACCCUGCACCUUCCACUUUGAUUAAUAAUGAGGGUGGAGAUUAUCCUCCUAUACAAAACUUUGAGGAUGCCAAAUACAUUUGCAUUUUGGAGUCUUCAAAGUUAUGGGCCAUUGCAGCUCCUAUAGCAUUUAAUAUCCUCUGCAAUUAUGGGAUUAACUCCUUCACCAAUAUAUUUGUUGGUCACCUUGGAGAUAUUGAGCUAUCUGCUGUUGCAAUUUCUCUCUCUGUCAUUGCCAACUUUUCUUUUGGCUUUUUGUUUGGUAUGGGAAGUGCACUCGAGACACUAUGUGGGCAAGCAUUUGGAGCAGGACAAAUAGAAUUACUUGGAGUAUACAUGCAACGCUCUUGGAUAAUCUUAUUUGUUGCUUGCUUCUUUUUAUUACCGCUUUAUGUAUAUGCCACUCCAAUUCUAGUGCUCCUCGGACAAGAAGCUAAUAUAGCAGAACUUGCAGGCAAAUUUACAAUUCAAGUUAUCCCUCAAAUGUUUUCACUGGCUGUCAAUUUCCCUACCCAAAAGUUCUUGCAGGCACAAAGCAAGGUUGGAUUUUUGGCAUGGAUUGGUUUUGCAGCUCUAAUUAUACAUAUUGGGGUGCUUUAUCUCUUCAUUACUGUAUUCAAAUGGGGUUUAGCUGGUGCUGCUGCGGCUUAUGAUGUCUCAGCUUGGGGCAUUACUUUGGCUCAGGUGGUUUAUGUGGUUGGUUGGUGCAAGGAUGGGUGGACUGGUCUAUCUUGGUUAGCCUUUAAGGACAUAUGGGGUUUUGUUAGACUCUCUAUAGCUUCAGCUGUGAUGAUUUGCCUUGAGAUUUGGUAUUUUAUGACCAUAAUUGUUCUCACAGGACAUCUUGAAGAUCCUGUUAUUGCUGUUGGCUCCCUUUCUAUCUGCAUGAACAUCAAUGGUUGGGAAGGCAUGCUAUUUAUUGGAAUCAAUGCAGCUAUAAGCGUUCGAGUUUCUAAUGAGCUGGGAUCAGCACAUCCUAGAGCUGCAAAAUACUCUGUGAUAGUCACAUGCAUAGAGUCCCUCCUUAUAGGGAUAAUUUGUGCAGGCAUUAUUUUGGCAACUAAGGAUGAGUUCUCCAUCAUCUUUACUGAUAGCUUAGAGAUGAGGAAAGCAGUGGCUAAGUUGGCAUACCUUCUAGGUAUAACAAUGAUCCUUAAUAGUAUUCAGCCAGUAAUAUCAGGUGUUGCUGUGGGAGGAGGCUGGCAAGCUUUGGUUGCUUAUAUAAACUUAUUUUGUUAUUACGUAGUUGGACUCCCUCUUGGGUUUCUUCUUGGUUAUAGAACAAGUUUACAUGUACAGGGAAUUUGGAUGGGUAUGAUCUUCGGGACUUUUCUUCAGACACUAAUCCUUGUUUAUAUUAUCUAUAAAACCAACUGGAACAAGGAGGUUGAAGAGGCAUCUGAAAGAAUGAAAAAGUGGGGUGCACAAGAUGUCCCAUUACCCACUGCUGAUAUAAAUUGAGUUUUGUAUUUAGAGUAAAUCUUCCUAUAUCUGAGUGUAUACACCCAACCAAUCAAUAAAAUAACA